AACGAAUUUCGCAUUGCUUAGCAUAAAGGGCACUGUUUAGUGGUGCCUGCUCGUGGCAUUGGGCCAUGUCGUGCCGAUGCUGCCGCCGAUGCAUUCCUUCCACGAUUUGUGGGGCUGACGUUUCGGACUUGUUUGCCUACAGCACCACCAAGUACAUCAAAAUCAGGGAUGCGCGAUUGGGUUUGCUGCACUAUGGCUUGAUGUUUCUGAUCGUUGUGUACAUUUUGGUGUACCAGCUGAUUGGGAAGCUAGGCUACUUGAAGUUCAACGACGCCCAGAACACCGUGCGUCUCACUCUCCAAGAGCCGACGCAGGGUUGCAAUCCCAACGACACUGGUUGCAAGGACAACUUCGCCUCUUUGAGCCAGUUGCCGUACUGCUGUGCUCAGAAUUCCAGUUGUAAGACCAACUCCGAUGGUUCCUGCUCGUGUGACUAUCGGACCAGCUUCAAGGACUACAACUGUACCUGGCUCAGCGGUACAGAUGCGUCAGUGAUUCGAGAGAGCUCCAUCGUUGUUGCCACCUUCAUUCAUGAGUAUGACCAGUCUUUGAACACAACGUGCUUCAAUUCUUACCCCUCUGCAGCCAACAACUGCGAUGAUCUCUGGCUCAUACAGGAGAAGGCUUCGCUCUUCGCGGCAGAUGUGGAGGCUUUCACUAUGCUGAUUGACCAUUCGGUGACUUCCCCAAAGUCCGGGCUUGCCACAACCUCCCGCCAAAUGCAGGGGAUGCUCUUUGUGGGAGACAAUGGGAACGACGGUGAUGUGUCUAAAGCCAUCAAGGAUGAGCUGUGCCGCAGCAAUCCGAAAGCAGUCACGGCGCAGGAGGGCGGUAGCAGUACAGAUCAUUCCCCCUGCUAUGUGCCGCCGAACUCAGCGGAUGGCUUGGAUUACUUCAGCGUGGGCACCCUACUGCAGGCCACUGGGGUGACCCUGGAAGGUGAAAGCUAUCCAGGUAGCGGCCAUUCAGCCAGAUACGAAGGGUUGACUAUCAACCUGUUGAUCGACUACAGCAACUCGCGAGAUUGGCAUGGGCUGCAGCCGAACAUUAGUUAUCUCUACAAGCCUUCAGUGGUGCCUCAGAGCACCUUUAAGACCACCUUGCUGUCGCCUUCGUCGUUGAAUGGGCAACAGAUGUUGAAGAAGGAUAUCCACGGGGUUCUCUUCGAAGUGCGGCCCUCUGGGCAGCUGGCGGUCUUCGACUUCACGCAACUCUUGCUGCAGCUGACGACCAGCUUGACCUUACUGGCACUGGCCACGGUGGGUGUGAACAUCCUGGCGCAGUACGUCCUCCGGUAUCGCCACUACUAUUCUGAAGCCCUGUACGAUAGAACGGCGGACUUCGACAACAUUUCCUUCUUGGAGAGUCAGUCAGAUAACCAUUUGAGACAGGAGCUAGAGGAUCGAAAUCUUCCCACCAGCGGCACGCGGGAGCGCAUGAUCUUGCGUCUGAUGGAGUAUGGCUACCGGCCACCUCGCCCCACGUCCACGGCAAGCUCUGAGCGAUGUAACCUGUCCUCCGCCAGGGAACCAUAGCAGAGACAGCAAUGCACUGCCACGAAGCCAUGCAAGCUGUACGUCUUAGCAGCCCAGUGAAACUUUCAAGUGCUCAGGUGGGAUCGAAACUGCCGGUGGGAAAAACACCAAGCUUUUUGAUGUUCCAGGUACAUGAGAAGUGUACCAAGUUGUUUGAAGAAAGGUGCACAUAUCUAAAGUGUACCAAGUUCGGAUUGUGAACGACUGCAGCCUCUUUUGACGCGAAAAGACCGCCAGCGGUCACACGGAAACAACUCACAAAACCACCAGAAAUUGGCAUGUGCACUUGUGUGCCUCCCCAAAAUGCGGCGUGUCGCCCAUUAGGCUCAGAUGAGUUCCAUCGGGGUCUUUUUUGCGCGCUUCCUUUGGGCGCCACAAGCCAGGACUAGAGGCUAGCGACAAGGAAAGGUCAUAUCAGUGAACUGCCCCCUUCACUGGGGCGGGGAAAACCACAUUCCCAGCCAUUGCCAGGCCAAUGGAGCCUUUUGGAAUUCAAGCGUCAUCCAAAGAUAUCCAAAGCCUUCGUUCCAUUCAGCACUGCUGCCUCCAGUCUUGCUUCAACCUGUCCGCGGCACAAUGGCUUCUGCUUGAGUGCCCGGGCAUUCGGAUCUUAAGGAUUUGAUGUUAAAAGGUCCUUGGCAGGUUCACAGGACCUGUCAACGCGGAGGUUCCCUUGGUGUACGUGAGGGCGUCACACUGGGCGGAAAAAGGGCCAAAAAGUGUGGCAGCAGUCACUCAUCAUGUUUGGUUUGCCGCUGUUUGUGGACUGCAUGUUGGUGGAC